CACCGUCUCAUCUCACGUUCAAUUCUAUGAGCAAAUUCAUUCAAGCUUUCUCCUCUUACUCCGACCAAACUAACCUCUAGGUUUCCAGCAGACCCCUUUUCCUUUGGAAAAAAAGGUCAAAUACUCAGAAAAAAAAAAGAAAAAAGCCCUAUUCCUGAUGCGGGCUCAAUGUACCUGGACACCGUCAGAAAUGCUGAGACCACUUUCCUUUAAAUUCCCAACAACAUUCUUUACUUUCUCAAAGCAUUUUCGAAAGGAUACUGAUUCUCCUUUCUUCAGGACUAAUAGGAGAAUCAACAAGUACCCAUCUGUCAUGGCCACCAUUUCCACAGCUUCCACCCAUAAAGACCCUGUUUCUACUCAGGACGGGCCUGCCCAAAUCACCCAGCAGCCCGCACAGGUUGCAAAGCGAUUGGAGAAGUUCAAAACUACAAUUUUUACUCAGAUGAGCAUGCUUGCUAUCAAGCAUGGAGCAAUAAACCUCGGCCAAGGCUUCCCCAACUUUGAUGGUCCUGAUUUUGUAAAAGAUGCUGCAAUUCAAGCCAUUAAAGAGGGGAAAAACCAAUAUGCCCGUGGAUAUGGAGUUCCUGACUUUAACAAUGCCAUAGCUGCUCGCUUCAAGAAGGAUACUGGACUUGUGAUUGACCCUGAGAAGGAAGUUACGGUUACUUCGGGGUGCACAGAAGCCAUUGCUGCAACUAUGUUAGGCUUAAUUAAUCCAGGUGAUGAAGUGAUCCUCUUUGCUCCAUUUUAUGAUUCUUAUGAAGCAACACUGUCCAUGGCGGGUGCCAAAAUAAAAUGCAUCUCAUUGCGCCCUCCUGAUUUUGCUGUUCCGGUUGAUGAGCUUAAGUCCAGUAUUUCAAAGAAUACUCGUGCCAUUCUUAUAAACACUCCACAUAAUCCCACCGGGAAGAUGUUUACUCGCAAGGAACUUGAUAUCAUUGCAUCGCUCUGCAUUGAGAAUGAUGUUUUGGUUUUUACUGAUGAAGUUUAUGAUAAAUUGGCUUUCGAAAUGGAUCACAUUUCUAUGGCAUCCCUUCCUGGAAUGUACGAGCGAACAGUAACUAUGAAUUCUUUGGGGAAGACAUUCUCCCUAACAGGGUGGAAAAUUGGGUGGGCAAUAGCUCCACCACACUUGACUUGGGGAGUGCGGCAAGCACACUCAUUCCUUACUUUUGCUACUUCCACUCCAAUGCAGUGGGCGGCUGCAGUCGCUCUUAGAGCUCCAGAUUCCUACUAUACCGAGCUAAAGAGAGAUUAUAUGGCAAAGAAGGCAAUUUUGGUAGAGGGGUUGGAGGAUGUUGGUUUUAAAGUAUUCCCAUCGAGUGGAACAUACUUUGUUGUGGUAGAUCACACACCAUUUGGUUUGGAGAAUGAUAUUGCAUUUUGUGAGUAUCUGAUCAAGGAAGUUGGAGUCGUGGCAAUUCCUACCAGUGUAUUUUACUUGAACCCAGAAGAAGGAAAGAAUUUAGUGAGAUUUACCUUCUGCAAGGAUGAAGAAACUUUGAGGUCUGCAGUUGAGAGGAUGAAAGAGAAGCUGAAGAAAAAGUAAUUAAAAGGUGUGGAACUAGGUUAUUUUGGCCGAGGUAUGUCACUAGAUUUGGCUUUGUUACACUAAAGAUUUGAGAUUGAGUGAAGUUGUAGCCCUUCACAGCAAUCUGAACUUUAGGUUGAGUAAUGAUUUAAAAACAAACUUAUAAAUUUUAUUUGAAUAAUAGAAUACCCCUGAGGCCUUACCUUAGUGAACAUUGACCAA